ACAACAACUCUUGAACUCCCAAAAACAAAAACAAAGAACCUACUAAAAUAUUGUACUUAAUUUUAAAUUUUUGCGCUAAUUACAAAACAAUUUCCGUAUAAAAGCUUCAAUUUGCACAUUAAAUACUUAAAUUAUAUUUAUACAAAAUAUUUACAAAAACAAAAAACAACAAAAUUAAUUAGCAUAAACUGCUGCAAGUGUUAUUUAUACACACAACUUCCGAUUUAUUGAAAGCAAACAAGAAGAAAGCAAAGCAAAAACAAGAAAAGAGAAUUAAAUAAAAUUUGCAGUCCAGUUUUGUGACAGAGGUUUUCAUUAUAUAUACUGACUUUGGAGCGAUCACUGUCAAAUUUGUAACAAAAACAGUCGACUCGCAGCUGCCAAAGCGUAAAAUUUUACAAAACAGCAGAACCACAGAACCUAACCUACAAAGUCAAGUAAAAAAAAAAACACAUAGACAAAAACAACAAAACACCUCAGCGCUUGAAAGCAAAAGACAGCCGCAGAGCAUAAAUAGUAAAAGUGUGGAGCGUGAGCGCUAAAACAACAACGUACUUCUACAACAAAAAAUAUUAUCUUUAAUACCAAAAAAAAAAAUAAAAAGGAGAAGAACACAAAACUCUCAACUGUCCUGUCUACAAGUACACAACUAUACAAGCCUAUUGUAUAUUGCAUACGAACGCAUAAAUAAAUUUUGUUAUUUGUGUUAAAGUUGUAAAUUAAUGAGCAACAUGCGUCAAAAGGAUUUGCGCCCAGCACCAGCUCUUAUCGAGUUUAAGGGCAUGAAGUUCCUAAUCACCGAUCGGCCAUCAGAUGUCACCAUCCAUCAUUAUAUAACGGAGCUCAAGAAGAACAACGUGAGCACUGUGGUGCGCGUCUGCGAGCCCAGCUAUAAUACGGACGAGCUCGAAGCUCAGGGCAUUACAGUUAAGGAUUUAGCAUUCGAAGAUGGCACUUUUCCGCCACCACAAGUUGUUGAUGAAUGGUUCGAGAUUUUGAAGCAAAAAUUUAGCAAUAACAACACCGUAACUCACGCCUCAAGUACGCCUUCGACGCAUAGAAGCGCAUCGGUUUCAUUUUACAAAAACAAAAGGUUUUCACUUAAGCAUAAACAUAGAAAUGAUUAUGAGAAUUUAGAUAACUGUAGUGCUAGUAUGAACAACAAUAGCAACAAUGGUAAUGGUAGUGAUAACGACAUGACAGCCGAUACAAAUGCCAAUGCCAAUAAUGAUGAAUGCGAUCAUAAUGAUCAUGAAAAUGCCACUUGUAGGUAUCAACAAAAUCCGGAAGCUUGCGUUGCUGUACAUUGUGUUGCCGGUUUGGGACGUGCACCGGUUUUGGUCGCAUUGGCGCUGAUUGAAUUGGGACUCAAAUAUGAGGCAGCUGUAGAGAUGAUAAGAGAUAAACGACGAGGCGCCAUCAAUGCCAAACAAUUGUCAUUCUUGGAACGGUAUAAGCCCAAGGCAAGGCUAAAGCACAAAAAUGGCCACAAGAAUUCAUGUUGCGUGCAAUAGAUUUUCCAAAACCAUAUAAAUUCCCACCAGAUGAAAAGUGUUCAUUUUUAAAGAAGAAAAACAAAAACAAAACAUAAAACAAACAGAAGUUUAAAAAGAAAACCAAUAAAUGUGAAAUAUGCUACAUUAAUUAAAGCAGCAAGCAGCAGCAGCAGUAGCAACCACAACAACAAUAGUAACAACGCAAUACAACUACAACAACAACAAAACAGCAAUAAAUAAUGAGAAAAUGCCAGCAAGUGCAUGAACACUGAAAGGCAAACGCGGUGAGCGCAACAACAACAACAACAGCAACAAUAACAACGAGGCAAACAACAAGCAGUGCAUUGGAACACACUCGUCAGCUUUUACAGGCAGCGCAAACACAAUCAAUCAAUUAGACACAAAUAUAAAUAUGUGAAACUGACAGCAGACCAUUAAACACCAGCAAACAACAGCAACAGCAACAACAACAAAAAACACCAACAACGUUCGGUCGCCGCUUCUAAACUUUCUACUGACACUAGCAACUGUAAAAUAUGUAAACCUGCCGCUUGGCGCUUUUCUCUACUUUCUCACAACAUUUACGGCGCGUGGCAGCGUGUGUGGCGCUUUCUAUAUGUGUGCGCGUUAGCAUAUUCUUUAUUGUACUUCCAAAA